CGUGGCGCCGACAUCAUUCGAGUUCAAGAUGGACAAAGACCUGUUCGGGAAGAAGGGCAAAGAUCACCGCAAGAGCAAAAGCGGCGCCAAGGUAAACAAAAAGAAGAAGAAGAACCAGGAGCAGCAGGCGGCGCAGGACAAGAAUGCCAAGAACAACCCCAAGGCGUUCGGUGUCGCCAAGAUUGGCCGAGCCAAGCGCACGAUCCAGCGUAACCUCGACAAGGCGCACCAGAAAGAGUACGUGCCAAAUGUGAAUCGCAUCGAGGACACGCCGCCUCCGACCUGCGUCGUUGUCAUGGGGCCGCCGGGCAGUGGCAAGUCGACCCUCAUCCGGUCGCUUGUAAAGCGGUACACCCGACACAACAUCGGCGACAUCCAUGGCCCGAUCACGGUGAUUGCCGGCAAGGACAAGCGUAUCACAUUCUUCGAGUGCCCCAACGACUUGAACGCCAUGGUGGACUUGGCGAAAAUCGCGGACCUCGUGCUCUUGAUGGUGGACGCGUCGUUCGGGUUUGAAAUGGAAACGUUUGAAUUUCUCAAUAUCCUUCAGGUUGCAGGCUUUCCCAAGGUGAUGGGCAUCCUCACCCACUUGGACAAGUUCAAGAACAACAAGAGUUUGCGCACGACCAAGAAGCGAUUGAAAAGCCGCUUCUGGACCGAAAUCUACCAAGGCGCCAAGCUCUUUUACUUUUCCGGCAUCGUGUCGAACAAGUACCCUAAAGGCGAGAUCAACAACAUGGUGCUGUACAUUGCGCGGAUGAAGUACCGCCCAUUGACGUGGCGCAACUCGCACCCGUACAUGCUGGUCGACCGCUUUGAAGAUGUGACCCACCCCGACGUGAUCCAGCAAAACCCGGUCGCGGACCGAAAAAUUACCCUCUACGGGUACCUCCGCGGCACGCAUUUGAAGCCCGGCAUGAAAAUACACGUGGCCGGCGCCGGCGAUUUCUUCAUGGCGUCUGUUACGUCGCUCCCGGAUCCGUGCCCGUUGCCGUCCAAAGUGAACGAACUCACCAAGAAGCACUUGUCGGACAAGGACAUCAUGCUGUAUGCCCCCAUGUCCGACGUAGGAAACAUCACGUUUGACAAAGACGCGGUGUACAUCAACCUGGGCCACGUCAACCAUUCGAAGCGAGAAACCCUUGACGUCGACGAUUCCGACGACGACAACGACGGGAAGGUCGGAUACACGCGUGGAAAGGGCGGCGAAGGAACGGACAUGGUCCAGCACCUUCAAGCUAUCGAGUCGGGCCUUGGCAUGGACGAACGCCUGAAAGGCGCCGAGUUGAGUUUGUUUAAAAACACGGCGGCGAUCCGCGCCGAUGAAUUGGACUCGGACGAGGAGGAACAGGACGAUGACGAGGAUGACGAGGAUGACGAGGACGACGAAGGCGAUGACGAGCCGCGUGGACGCCAAAGCACGGCAAAGCCAUCCGAGAAAAUCGAGCGCGACGCCACCGGGCGUGUUCGCCGCCGCGCGAUUUUUAACAUGGACGGCCCAGAAGACGAUGCCGAGAAUGCUGUAGGUGACAACAGCGACGACGAAUCGGAAGAUGACGAAGAUGAGGAAUCGGACGAGAGCGACGACGAGAUGGUGCCUGCGUCGGAAGCGUCCCAAAUGCGGUGGAAGGACAAUUUGGUCGAGCGCGCGGCCAAGAAUUUCCUCGAGCGCGAAGAAAGCGAUAUCAACUUGAUGGAGUUGGUGUACGGGACUCCCGGGAAACUCCACGUCGCGGACGAUGUCGCCAAAACCCACGAGAGCGACGACGAUGACUUUUUCACCCUCAAGUCCAAAACGAAAGCCAGUCGUCUCAACGAAGCAGCAGAGGACGAUGAAAACAGCUUGGAUAGCUCCAAGUUCCGCCCGGCCCGCACCGACAUGAAAGCGUGGGACAUGCCCGAUCUCUUGGAGAGCUUGCGCAACAAGUUUGUGACGGGAAACUGGCAGAAAAACACCCACGGCGGCGGCGGCGAAGCCGACGACGACGACGAAGUGGGGUCGGACGUCGAUGGUUCGUUUGAAGACUUGGAAACGGGCCAAGUCCAUGUAGGCAAGGCUGACAAGGAAGAACUCAGCGACGAUGACAACGGGCCAACGGAGAACGAGUCCCUGGAAGAUAUGCGCCAGCGUUUGGGAGAGGAAAAGGCAAGGAAGCGCGCGGCCCUUGACGACGACAACAAGGACGACGAAGAAGUCGAUGACGACAUGACUGAAAUCAUGGUCGAAGCCAAGAAGCUCCAGGAAACGCAGGCCCUGCGGAAUGCUGAAGAGUUUGGCAAAGAAGGCGAGAAUACGCGGCUGCAAUUGGAAGGUUUCCGAAAUGGUCUGUACGUCCGCAUCGAGCUGGACGGCGUCCCGGCUGAAUUUGUCACUGGCGCGCUGCCGACGCUCCCCAUUCUCGUGGGGGGGCUCUUGCCCCACGAACACGCGCUCGGCCUCAUGCGCCUUCGCAUCAAGAAGCAUCGCUGGCACCGCAAGAUCCUCAAGACGAAUGACCCGCUCGUGUUUUCGAUCGGGUGGCGCCGGUUCCAGUCGUUACCGCUCUUUAGCAUCGAAGACACGAACGAGCGCCAUCGCUACCUCAAGUACACCCCCGAGCACAUGCAUUGCGGCGCGACAAUCUAUGCGCCGAUCUGCCCCCCCAACACGGGCGUGUUGGCAUUCCAAAACAUGUCGAACGCUGUCGAUGGCUUCCGCGUGAGCGCGACCGGCGUCGUCCUCGAGCUCGACCACACGUUCCACGUGAUGAAGAAGCUCAAGUUGAUCGGGCACCCGACCAAAAUUCACAAAAACACGGCGUUUGUGCGAGGCAUGUUUAAUUCGGAGCUCGAAGUCGCCAAGUUUGAAGGAGCGAGUUUGCGCACGGUCAGCGGCAUUCGCGGCCAAGUGAAAAAGGCACAACGCGGCGACAAGGGCGACUUCCGUGCCACGUUUGAGGACAAGAUUCUCAAGUCGGACAUCAUUUUCUGCCGGACGUGGGUGCCCGUUGAGCCCAAGCUCCUGUACAACCCUGUGACGUCGCUGCUGCAGUCGAAUUGGCGAGCCAUGCGGACGAUGCGAGAACUGCGGGCAGCGAACAAACUCGCGAUUCCGGUCAACCCAGACUCGGUGUACAAGCCCAUCGUACGACCGGAGCGCCACUUUAAUGCGCUCAAGGUACCUGCCAAGCUGCAGGCCAACCUCCCGUUUGCAAGCAAGCCCAAGCUAGACAAGAAGAAAUCCACCAAGUCGUACGCAGUGAAGCGGGCGGUGGUCCUCGAGCCGGAAGAGCGAAAGAAGUACACGCUGUUGCAACAAGUCAACACGCUUCGCCGCGACAAACAGGCGCUUCGCACGGCCAAGAACCAGGCGCGGACGGAAGCCAGCUUGAAGCGCAAAGCCCAAGAGGACAAACAGUUUGAAGCGGUCCACAAGGCGGAGAAGAAAGCCAAGUACCGCGCGGCCGGCAAGGACGCCAAGUACAAAGCGUCCAAGGCGUAGAUGGAAGAAGUUAAAGAUUUCUUCACAUACGUGUAUCGGCGUGUGGUUGCUGGAAUCGUAC